AUGUCUCGGCGCGUAACGGCUGCGAAGCGGUUUCCAAACUUUGAACCGGCUUUUAACGACUUGUGCGCAAAGCUAACAGAAAGUGGCUCUAGACCGCAACGCGACCGCGACGCGUUGAUCCGUUUUACGCGCGAUCAAUUUAUAUAGUGAAAAAAUGGAAAAGACUCUUGAAAAACAGUUCAUUUGAAAAUUAAAAAAAAAUUUUCUCUUGAUAGUUUAAUAAAAUCCUGGAGCAUUUUCAAAACAAAGUUUAUCCCUAAUCAUAUUAAAUAAAAAUAAUUUACCCUUUUUUCAAGCUUACUCUAUCUCUGACUUUCUUCUUUUAUUUUUUAUCGAACCGCGUUAGUAUCGUUAAUAUGAUCCCUUAAGGGAAAACAAGAUGGAUGGACACGGCCACGGGUGCCGAAAGAACGGUCGACGGCGGAAAAAAGGAAAAUAGUGGGUUGCCGAAAAAGGAGGAGGACACCUUCAAAAAAAGGGGAGGCGGAGCCGAAAAACUGGUAAGUCUACUGUUAUCGGUCGUCAUCUGCGUCGAGAAUGGAAUUCACGUGGCGACUUCUAACUUUCCACCUUCUUCUUCUCCUUUUUCAACCCUUUUCAGAACUACUUAUCUGGAACAAGGGCUGAUAGGGAGCGAAAACAUAUUUUCCGAGACUUUUCGGGUGAUUGAGUGGUCAGAAGAAGUUCAGUGACAAAAAUGAGGGCUUUUUUUUUUGAAGGUGUAAUGAUGAUGUCACCCCGAAUGGCAUUGCCUUUUCACAAGAUAAAAAAUUUCGAAAACGGUAUUGUCGAUCCCUCCUGACUUGAAAGACGAGAUGGGAAGAUUGGCAAGGGUGACGCGUUGCGUGUGCGACGCGGCUUUUGGCGGGGUACUCAAGGUCAAACACGAAUCACCAUUUUUCCUCCUUUUUUGUCAGGUUUUCAAUAAACUAUAAGUUUAAUGAUUUUGAAACAUUCAUUUGAACGAAUAAAGUAUGAAAAUAAUAACAAGCAUUUUUUCUAAAUUUUUCACGAUUAAAUUGACCUCGAGUUAAUACCGCGACGCACACGCAACGCUUCACCUUUGCCAACCUACUCAUAUCGCCUUUCAAGUCGGGAUGGAUUUACUAUUGACAAAAAAAUCUUUAUAGACGUUAGUGGGCUCGGAGAAACGGGAUUUUAAGAAUAUUCGAAACGUGAGAAAAGCAAAGGAAGAUAAAGAAGGCCGGUCAACAAGAAGUGAACUAAAAAUUGUUCUUGCGCUCCAGCUGAGCGUGUUAAACUUGACAAAAAUGUGGAAAAGUGACCAAAAUAUACAGAAAAAAACUUUAAAGCUUGUCUUUUCAAAACUGAAAACUCAAAUCUCAUCAAAUAUUGUUGAAACAAACUUUUAUGGAAAGUAAACCUUGGAAAAUUAACUUUGUCGAAUUUUAAGAAGCAUUAGUAGUCCAUUCAUCGCAUAAUAAAAUGACCUGAUAGCUUUUUGGAGAAUUGUAAACUUUUUCAGAGAGUUGCGAUUCUAUUCUUUUGAAAACUUCGCAUACCAUUACCUCGUGGAAAAGUUUGCUAGCCAUUGCCAACUAUUUUCGAACCUAAUUUGCCAGUUUUCGGCUCGUAAAAGCCAUUCUUUUGUUGCAAACAGUUCAAUCACAGGUCCAUCAAAGAGUUAAAAUAUAACGGACCAGUUUGGGAAUAUAUUUGGAAGGUGAAAUAUGUUCCGCCCCGCCAUACCAAACAAUGAAAUUGGAAAGAAAACCGGACGUCGAGUACUUCGAUUCGAUUUGAGACAAAAAGUGUGUUUGAAAAGCGAAGAGGCCAACAAAGGGAUUACGGUAGGUGGUCACUUACUCCAGUGCCAUCGGACGAGGUAAAAAUACCCGAUGGGACGGUAUUUUUUCGAUGAUUGAAAGGCAAGAUAAACAGGCGGCCGAAACGGACUUUGGUGGGAAACGAAUUGGAAGAAAAGUGUUUUUCGAGGGGGCGGCCGACCUUCGCCUGAAGACGUCGCCUCAUCGGGUCAUAUGAUUGAAGCGUCCAAAUCGCUCUCAAAACUUCCAUAUCGAAAAUAUAUGGACUUCUUAACUCUUAUCAUCGAAUGA